CCCAACCCAACCUCUCCCGUAUUCCCCUUCUCCCCCUCCCCUCGCGCCGCCGCCCUCGAACCCUAAAACAAAACCCCCGAUAGAGCCACCGGAUAGAGCAUCAGCCAUGGCGGAGCACGACCUGACGGCGCGCAUGGCCGCGCAGAUGGACUGCCAUCUGGUGUUCCCGCUGCUGGAGUUCCUCCAGGAGCGCCAGCUCUACGCCGACGACCAGAUCCUGGAGGCCAAGAUCCGCCUCCUCAGCGGCACCAACAUGGUCGACUACGCCAUGGACAUCCACAAGUCGCUCCACGGAACCGACGACGUCCCCGCUGACAUGGUCGCCCGCCGCUCAGAGGUCGUCGCCAGGCUCAGGACCCUCGACGAGGCCGCAGCGCCGCUUGUAGGGUUCCUCUCCAACCCGCAGCUCGUCCAGGAGCUCAGGCCCGACAAGCAGUACAACAUCCACAUGCUCCAGGAACGCUAUCAGAUUGGACCUGACCAGAUUGAAGCUCUGUAUCAAUAUGCUAAAUUUCAGUUUGAGUGUGGGAACUACUCAGGAGCUGCUGAUUUCUUGUACCAGUAUCGUGCUUUGUGCACAAACAGUGAGAGGAGUUUGAGUGCGCUGUGGGGAAAGCUCGCUGCAGAGAUAUUGAUGCAGAACUGGGAUGUUGCACAGGAGGAGCUUAAUCGGUUGAAGGAGCUUAUUGAUUCAAAGAACUUCUCAUCACCUAUAAAUCAGCUCCACAGCAGAAUAUGGCUGAUGCAUUGGAGUCUCUUUAUCUUCUUUAACCAUGAAAAUGGAAGAAAUGGGAUCAUCGAUCUGUUCUUCCAGGACAGGUACUUGAAUGCAAUUCAGACAAACGCACCCCAUCUUCUGAGAUACCUUGCUGCUGCAGUUGUUGUGAACAAAAGGAGAAGGAAUAUGCUUAAAGAAUUGAUUAAAGUCAUUCAGCAGGAGCAGCAGUGCUACAAGGAUCCCAUAACUGAAUUCCUCGAAUGCUUGUAUGUGAACUAUGAUUUCGAUGGCGCACAACAGAAACUCAUUGAGUGCGAGCAGGUUAUAUUGAAUGAUCCCUUUCUGGGAAAGCGCAUUGAAGAAGGGAAUUUCAUCACUGUUCCCCUAAGAGACGAGUUCCUUGAAAAUGCUCGCCUGUUCAUUUUCGAGACUUACUGCCGUAUACAUCGGUGCAUAGAUAUUGGCAUGCUUGCGGAGAAGAUGAACAUGACCUACGACGAGGCGGAAUUAUGGAUAAUGAACUUGGUCAAGAGUUCAAAACUGGAUGCCAAGAUUGAUUCAGUGACAGGAACUCUUAUCAUGACGACCAAUCAUGUUAACGUCCAUGAGCAGAUCAUUGAGAACAUGAAGAACCUUAACGCCCGAACUUACAUGCUAGCAAAGAGCCUUGUGGAUCCAGGUCAUGCAGCAGCACAGCAGGCUGCCCGGUGAGACUAAAAGCAUCUGCAGUUUUGAGUCGGCAAGAAUUGUUUGGGAGCUUGGUUCUUCGGCUGCGCCUUUGUUGUUAGUACUUGAAUCACACAGACGGUGAUCUGCAAUUUGCUAUAGCUUAUGCUGACGUUUAUAAUGUUUUGUACUCGGAAUUCUGUUACUCAAGUUAAUUGUUUAUUUAGUAUUGCAAUCACUCAUACCUGAUUGUCACGGUA